UCGUUCUCAGACUGGCAGCUCCAGAAGGAGGCCCGUUACAAGAUCCGGGCCGCUCAGGCCUCGGUCCCGGAAUAGUCUUGCUUGUAUCUCGGCGCAAGUAGGUGGCCCUCGGCGACGGGCGUCUGUGGGGGCCGGGAAGUGGGAAGAGGCGACAUUGCCAGUCGGCUUAGCUCGGCCCUGCGCUGCUGCUGUUGGGGCUGCCCUCUCUCUCUGGGUGGCGCUCGGAGUUCCUCGGCUGACGACUCGGUUAAAGGCAAUCGAGAAAGCGAUUGUACUCGCGUGUUUACCCAGAGUGUGAGGAAGGGAGAUGUGUGCAUCUGCUUUCGCGAGAGGGGUCUAAGCCCCUCCUUGCCCUACCUAAGAGUACUCAAGCCAGUCCAGAAGACCUUGAUCAGGAGCAAGCAAAAAGACAAAAGCUUGAACAACAGUAUGAAGUAGGUCAGUGUGAGAAAGAAUGACUGGCCCAACAUUACCUGGUAUUGUUGGUACGUUGACUCAAGGGAUUGCCAGUUUAAUUAAAUUACCAUCCCAGUUGACAACAAAAUAUCUUCAGACCGGAGACCAGCAUGCAGAAGCCACCGAUGAGAAUGUUUCAAAUGUCUCCCGUACUUUGGCUGACAAACAAAUGGAGUCUACCUCUGGUGUGCAGAUAUCUAAAAUGGGUAAGAAAACUAAUUGCUGUUCCAAUUUGAAUCCAGCUAUAGAGAUGGUAUCUGACUCUCACAGAGUUAUGACCUGUCUGAGGCAUGACCAGACAUACAGUGUCAGAAAGAAUGGCAAGAAAAAUCAUAAUGCAGUUCGAGAGGACUUGCAAUCUUGGGGGCUUGUUUCCCGCAGGCAUUGGUUGGAGGGUUCCACUUUAGAUACUGGAAGGUAUCUAAGGAAGCCACGCUGUACAGUGGAAGAGGGAGUUCAGAAGGAAGAGCGAGAAAAAUAUAAACAACUGCUGGAGCAAGAAAAAGAAAAGAGAUCGGAAACUAUCCCCUCUCCUGUAAGAGCAAAGUAUUUGGAUACCCAAAGUUAUGGCCAUGUAUCAUUAACUGAAAUAAAUCAUGCUUCAUUUGGAAAACCAAAAAAUGGUGUUGGAAGCAUUGGUCCCCUGCAUUCCAAAACAGAUGUAAACAGCUUGAUGACAGUAACAGAAAGACCUUCAAAGUCAGAGAAGUUUUUGAUACAGAAAAAAGAGGUGAGUAUUUAUGGUGAAAAUAUAAAGCAGCUUUUGGCAGAUGACUUAUCGGAAGAGGUAUCACUUAGGUUAAGACUGAGUCAGGAAGGAAUUUCAUACAGAAGUUGCUCUCUAGUUGAGUCGGAAGAACAGAAAUGGCAGAGUGUGGACAAGUCAACAGCGGGCCUUCCAGCCCUGACAGAGGAUAUGGAGAGAGAAAUAGCAAAUGCGUUGAGUCAUGGUGAAGAUGAUGAGAUCUUAACAAGUGCCUUCAAACUGAAUAUUACACGAGGAGACAUUCAGACUCUAAAAAACCAGCAAUGGCUCAAUGAUGUGGUCAUUAACUUCUAUAUGAAUCUUCUAGUGGAGAGAAAUAAAAAGCCAGGAUUUGCAGAUCUUUAUGCAUUCAGUACUUUCUUCUACCCUAAGUUAAAUUCUGCAGGCUACUGUGCAGUGAGAAGAUGGACCAAAGGAGUGGACUUAUUUCAAUACGAUAUGAUUUUGGUGCCUAUUCAUAUCAGUGUACAUUGGGCAUUAGUGGUUAUAGACAUGAGGAGAGAGACCAUUAAAUAUUUUGACUCAAUGGGGCAAAAUGGGGACAGAAUCUGUAUGAAAUUGCUGCAGUAUCUGCAGGAGGAAAGCAAAGCCAAGAGAAACAUGGGUAUUAAUCCUACAUCAUGGACACUUUACAGUGUAAAACCACAUGAAAUUCCACAACAGUCAAAUGGCAGUGACUGUGGAAUGUUUGCUUGUAAAUAUGCAGAUUUUAUCUCCAGGGAUAAACCCAUUGUAUUUACACAGUGUCACAUGCCAUACUACCGCAAAAGGAUGGUGUGGGAGAUACUUCAUCAACAGAUUCAGUGUCUUCUCUGGCCUCUACUUCAGAGAUGGAGGUAUGCAGAGAUUUUUUUAAGAACAGUACUCAAUUCAGAAGUUUUAUCCAAAGGGCUAAACCAUGGAUGAAGAAAGUAACUCAGCAGAAUGAUUUUACAAUAACAGAUUAAGGAAAAGACUGCCAAAGAAUAUUGAGUGGACAUUGAUCUCAGUGAUAUGAAGAAGAAAAGUAUAUGUUGCUGUCUUCAUGAGGUCUCCGCACUACAUAUGAUUUCAUUAAAUCGGUUAAACUGAAGAAUGCACUGUGAGCUCACAUGCCAGUUGCUGUCUGUUUCUGGAUUUAUCUAGCUGCGUUCUACCAAGUUUUCUGCUAUGGCCAGAGUUUUAAAUAGGGAGAUCUAGAAAUUGAGGUUGGCAUUCACAAACAGAAAAAGCAUUUUGUGAACCUGUGGAAUGUUUCAGAUUCUCUAAACUGAACUGUUUUCUGCGGGAAGAUAGAAAACUUUUUUAAAAACUGGAUUUAUAGUUAUGAAAGAUGAAGUCUUUCAUUUGAGUUGUAACAAAUUCACAGUAAAAGCCCCAAAUGGGGAUUAGUCUUUAUUUAAAGGAGUUGUAAUUUCGUAUGAAGCUAUUUAUUUGUAUUAUUCUAUUUAAAUGAACAUUUGCUGGAAUGCUGAAAUAUUUUCAUCAAAUAAAAAUGAAAAUAAAUAUUUAUCUAGUAAAUCUGAUUUACAUUAAUAUGACUGGCACUGCUAACAGUUUAGAAAGGUGAUAUAGAUUAAAGUCAAUGAAUAAGAAAAUAUAUUUUCUUUGGAGCAUCAUAUUAAACAACCUGAUAUAAAUUAAUGGCUGAGGGAUAUCAACUUCAGUAUUGUAUUCCACAGUAUUUGUGUGCCUUUGUUAGAAUGAACAUCUUGUUUUCUGGUAGGGGAGACACUGUCUGUUCUUGCAAAACUGAUAAUGGAUUGUAGUCUUCAGAACAGAACAUCCAUAAAAAUCUUAUAUUCCUAUUUUUU